AUGGGCCUAAGUGAGGACCUCGGGCUCUCCGUUGCUCCUCGUCUUCCUUGCUCCUUCUCCAUCGUUCUCCUGCGCCUCGCUAGUGAAAGAGCAGCUGCUUGGCCUGCCUAUUACGCGAACACCGCCCUCCAGUUGGACCUCAGGCUCUCCGAGCCUCCUCGUCCUCCUUGCUCCCUCUACAUCCUUGUCACGCUCCUUGCUAGAGUAUGCUUAGGUUUGCAGAGGGUGGGUUUUGCGAAAACCGCCGUCGGUGAGGACAUCGAGCUCUCCGUUGCUCCUCGUCCUCCUUGCUCCUUCUCCAUCGUUCUCCUGCGCCUCGCUAGUGAAAGAGCAGCUGCUUGGCCUGCCUAUUACGCGAACACCACUCUCUGUUUGGACUUCAGACACUCCUUGCCUCCUCCUCAUCUAUGCUCCCUUUACAUCGUUCUGAUGCUCCUCGCUAGCGUACACAUAGGUCUGCGGAGGGCGGGUUUCGCCAACACCCCCGUCGGGACGGUUGGCAACCCUACCAUCGACCCACCGAGUAAAUGCCUGGUAUGCCCGAUGGCCAGUCCAGCUACGGUCUUGCCAUCAGUUAACUACGCGUGCCUAGGGACAACUUCUGUACUGUCCAAGCUGCUGUUUGCUUUGCCCAACUCUCCUCUGCAGUAUCCAAUCCAAGGUUACACAGUACAGCCCUUGUCCUCCUCUGUCAUACCAGGUCUACAGCUGCAUGCAGGAAAAAGAAGCAGCUACAAGGUGGUCUUAAAAGUCUCUAAAGGUGUCCUGACCACAGAUAUUCCACCAGCAGAGGUCACAGUCGAAGGUUCUGGUGAGAAAGAAUUGAUAAUCAAGUCCAGGAGCCUGGAGCUGCUCAAUGACGUGCUCGUCAAAGUGUCCUAUACUAGCACAGUCUACCAUAUCAACACUGGAGAUCUUGUAACUUUCCAGUUUGAAAACCAUGAAGCUGUGUUCGCUAUUGCCAUCAAGCAGCCUCAUGUACCAGUCCUGUAUGACAUGGGGACAGAUAUCAGCUCUCAAGUUACCAUCGCUACAAAGACCUUCCUGCGGUACGAACAGCUGAUGGUCUUGUUGGACAGUAUCCGGAAAUUCUAUAGCACCAUAAAAGUUAUUGUUGCAGAUGACAACUUUGAACCAGAGCACAUUACCGGAGAAAACAUCCAACAUUACAUCAUGCCUCCAGCACAGGGCUGGUUUGCAGGCAGAAAUCUGGCUGUUUCCCAGGUAACCACCAAGUACUUCCUGUGGGUAGAUGAUGACUUUUUGUUUACAGAGAAGACAAAGAUAGAGAAGCUUGUGGAGGUGAUGGAGGCGGUCCCUGAACUGGAUGUGGUUGGUGGGUCAUUAAAAGAGAAUCAGUUUUAUUUCUCUCUUAUCUAUGAAGAAGGAGAAGAAACUGAAGGUGGCUGCUUAUACAGGAAGUCUAAUAAGAAAUUACAUUCAGUUCCUGGUUACCCGCAAUGCUUUUUGGCCAGUGGAGUGGUCAACUUCUUCCUGGCCCGUACAGAUGCUGUACAGAGGGUGGGUUUUGACCCUAAGCUACAGCGGAUAGCACAUUCAGAGUUCUUUAUGGAUGGCCUGGGCUAUUUACUUGUUGCCACUUGUGGUGAUGUGUCCAUUGACCAUCAACAUGUAGCCAGAAGUGCUCAUUAUCGCAAGUUCAGAAAACCUACAAAGGAUGACUCAGAAUUCAAAUUGCAGCUUCAUUUCUUCAAAAACCACCUUAAGUGCAUCAAAUAUGGAUAGAAGACCUUAAGAGAACAUCAGUG